GGGGGAAGCUGUUUUGCAAUUUCUUUCCAUUCGUUCACAUUUCCGUGGAUAUUUGACGAUCGUUGGGUGAGUAAAAUGUAUUUGGUUUCUGUGCGUUCAGCUUCUGUUUAGCCUCGGACAAAAGCCUCAUUCGCUCUUUGCUGUCCAUGGAUGUGGCCAUGUAAUUGCAAAUCUUUCCCCUUGCUGUUGCAAACUUACUAGCAAACCCGAAAAUGGUGUGCAAUGGGUCGUGUCUUCCAAUAGUUCUUACGCUAGUCAACUAUUUAAGUCUGACUGUUUCAAAAUCAAAUCAUUUAAAAGUCUUCACAAGGUUGAUACUAAACGGCGUGAAUAAUAACAAACUUUAUUACAAACACGCCCCUUCACUUUUGUUGUCGUCAGAUAUCGCGUGAUGAGGAUGAAAUCUUCAAAAUACCCUAAGUUUUUCUUUACACAUCGCAACACCCAGAUUUUUCAUCGCUUUUCUGUUUAUUGAGAGCUACUUUUGCCCUCACUGAAAAUAACGGUAUGCUGUUUCGUGCGUUUGAGUUUUGUUUAGUUAAACCAUCGAGUUAUCGGCGAUCAAGAAUCGAAGUGCCCAUAGAAAUGCUGAUAAUACUUUGUUUGGAAAGUAAAUAUAAUUUCCUGUUUACUUUUCCACAAAUAAAAUGUGAUAGUAACUUCUGACUGAAAAGACAAGUUCCCAUUAAUAAGUGUAGGAAUUUAAUGAUAUGUCUAUAAAUAUUUGCACCUUUUGAGGUAUCUCAUGGCAUUUCCCCAUAGUGGCGCACUUGCCAGCUUGUUUUAAUAGUUCAACAUUCUGGCAAUGAGUAUCGAGUUUAAGGCUUAACACAAGGUCUUAAUUAAUGCCUAACAGGAUUGUGUCACGAGAAACAUUUGUCCUUUUCACUCGUGACAAAAAAUGUCGCAAAGUGACUUCAAAUCAAAGGAAAAUGUGAUUUUAACUCAACGUGGAAUGUCGUGGAUUUUUUAGAAUUCAGAGAGGAUAAAAAAAUGCCUGACCGAGCGCCCGUGGCCACCCACAACGAAACUGGUAAAAUGAUGUUGUGUCAUGUCUUUCGGCCAUGUAAACUAAUCAUGUGGAGCUCAUGGAUCAUUUUCUUCUUAGUCAAUUUGGAGACGCAAGGUAAUGUUCUUUGGUUAAGCCUUUAAUCCCUAAGAGUGACCAGCAUCUAAUUUAAGAAGUUUUGAUUGCGAAACAAAUUCUCCCUGUCAAAAACUUAAGAAAUGUAGAGAGAACAGUAGGGAGAUUAUUCUUACUCAUGUUAGGGUGUAAAGGGUUUUUUAGUGGCAAAGCGCCCAGUACGUGCCAUGCAGUUGUAGGUGGUUCUGUAUAAUCUCCUUUUUCAGGCAUGUCACUUCUGCAACUGAUCUUUCCGUUUCUGAUUUCAAAAUCUGUAAGCAUGUGUCAUCUGCUCGUGAUUAGCUCCUUAAGCUGGAUUUGAAAUGACCUUGACUUAGCUUUGUUAAAACAAUUUAAGCAAGUAAGAAUUAAUUACACAUUUAAGUAACCUAUGUAGUGACUUAUUUAUUUUUAUUUCAUAUUCUAUUUUUGUUCUUUUUUCUUGUGUUUCAAUUCAGCGUUCAGCAUAACUGUGAACUUAACUAAUGGCCCAGGAUCAUAUGCUGGCCGAGUAGAAGUAAAAUACAAUGGAAGUUGGGGUCAAGUCUGUGAUUAUGGUAUAAACAUGAAUUUUGGUCACGUGAUAUGCAGACAGCUUGGUUACCCACAAGCCAUAGCCACCCCAUGUUAUAACGCUUUUGGCAAAGGAAAUACUCACUAUUGGAUGACUAAUGUCAGAUGUAAAGGAAAUGAAAGCAGCUUGGCUGAAUGUGAUUACACUUGGGGAAAAGCUGGUUGUUCUAUGGGACUUAAAGGCACUGUGGGAGUGGUCUGUGAAAGGCCCAACAUGACAGUCAGUAAGUUUGUUUGGGAUAUGCAUAUUUUUAUUACAUUUAAAGCCAAGUUGUGAUGUCUCCUUCAUGGUUGUUCUUUGGGAUGUCACACAAUGCACCCCUGUUGCAUGACAUUCCAGAGAAUGGGCAGCAUAGGAGACCAAGUCUCUGAGGAAGAUGUGUGAAUUUUUAAGAUGUCUGUCAUGCAAAUGUAUACUGGUUGAGAAGGGAGAAUUUCUGAUAAGAUCUUUGUAGACAUGAUGUGUAGUAUGCUGUUAUAAUCAUUGUGCAAAUUUUAUAUUCCUUUAAGAGCAUUUUUUAACCCUAUAGCUCCCAAGAUCUCAUUAGUAAUUCCCCUUACCAUCUUCUCAACAGUUUUAGUGAUGUUUGUUUGGAGAAUUUGGUAUUGGAUCAAACUGUAGUCCCCUAAUUGAUAUUUUCUUAAUUCUCAUCACUUGUCUACUUGAAAUUGUAUGGAUAUUGUAGGGAGAAAUUCUUUCUUGAUCACUCAUGGGAGUUAAAGGGUUAAAGCAGGUGUCAACAUGGAUGCAAUGACUUAUUUUGUUGUCUGUUUUAAGCUUAUCCUCCACCCCUUCGCCUUGCCCAUACCACAGUACCCUAUGCUGGGUGUGUUCAAGUGAAAUAUGCAGGGAUCUGGGGCCAGAUUGGGAUGUUUGGCUGGGAUCUAGAAGAUGGCCGCGUUGCCUGCAGACAACUUGGGUACAGGGAUGUAUUGACAGUUCUGUAUAAAUGGAAUCGCACAUCACAGAUGUUAACAUGGAUGGACAUUGUAAAGUGCACUGGCAAUGAACAAUCUUUGUCAAACUGUAGCUAUGAACUUGUCACAUACAGAAGUGCAGAGUGGACUAGUGCAGGAGUGGUUUGCAAAAAUAAUAGUAAAACAGGUUAAUUAUGUGUCUAAUAAUGGCAAUUAUCUCUUAAUGUUUCUGUCUGAAUUGCUGAGCCAACCAUCAUCCCAGAAAAAGCAUGUCUGUCACAGUGCUCUCUGCUGGCAAGAUUCUGUGAAAAUUGUACACUCAGAGGAACUCUUUGCAAUUGUAUUUUUUUUAACCCUUGAAAGACAAGCAAACCACUUUGUGGUUUGCUAAUGAUAAAAAAAUAUUUAAAUAAAUAAUCUCACUGGGUAGUCUACUAAUGAACAUAUGUAGCUAGAGGUAACUAUGUCUCCCAUUCUGUACUGUUUAUUUCAGGUCUUCAAAUUCAUCUUCGAAAAUGGUCAGUUUCUUAUGCUGGACGCAUCGAAGUAUUUUUGGCAGGAAAAUGGGGUGCGAUUAACAGCUACAAUUGGCAGCUAGCAGAUGCUCAUGUGGCAUGCAGACAGCUGGGUUUCUCUGGAGCUGAUCUGGCCAUCCAUGGGGCUGCAUAUGUUUUUGCCCCAAAGUUUUCUGGGAACUCAAUGGACAUUCAAUGGCUAGACAAUGUUGAGUGUCGUGGAAGUGAAUCUUCAUUGGAUGAAUGCCCGCAUGAAGUGUCCUUUGUUCGUGUGGGAGUGCUUGAGGCUGGUGUAGUAUGUAAAACCAAAAGUGCAGGUAAAAGUUUAAUGAUCAACUGUGCACCUACCCCUCCCCUAACCUAGCUUUAACCCUAACAUGUUAUCAGUUGAUUGUUGUUGGGUAAGGGGAAGGGUAAGUGUGCAGUUGCUCAGAUACUGAUGUUGAUCCAAGUUUAUCCUGAAAUUUUUAAUUGUUUGUGUACUCACAUAAGUAUGAAUACAACAAUUUCAAGCUAUGUUAAAUAGAAAAAGAGCUGAUGAAUAGAAAAUUAAAAAUGUACUUGGGAAAAAGAUACAUUUGUUAUGGCUGAUGAUCCAACCUUUCACAUAGUUAACGAGUUUCUUUAUGUUCCAUUAGUUAGUAAAAUCAGGCUUGCUGGAAGCAGCAUGACUUACGCUGGCCGUAUUGAGGUUAACAUCGCGGGUGUCUGGGGUACAAUCCGAAAUAGAGGCUGGAAUAUUACGUCUGCACAUGUGGCGUGCAAAGAGCUCGGUUACCCAGGAGCUGAAACCGCCAUCUUGUUUGCUACUGAAACCUUUGGACAAGGGGAAGGACCUGUCUGGAUGUCAAACCUUAAUUGUCAGGGACACGAAAGCACAUUAUGGGAAUGUUCCUGGUCCAGGAUAGCUGGCAUCUAUUGGGACCAUUAUAAUGAUGCUGGUGUAAUUUGUCGUGUAGAGGACCCCAGUGAGUACAAGCUUGGUUUACAUUUUGCCUUACUUGCCCUAGGAAGCCAGUCUUUCAUGAGUCUUCUUCCGAGGGGUACCCUGGGGGUAGCCGUGAAAUGGUUCUUUAUCUUAUUUUGUCACAGGCCCCUUCUUAACAUUGUGCUAAAGACAUCCUUGACCACACCCGUCCAAUUUGCGGUUAGCUUUCCUCCUCCUCUCAUUUGUUCCACCUUUUGAUUUAGUUAUUAGUAAACUACCGUUCAAAAAAUUAUUGAAUUCAACAAAUGUCGAUAUAUUUUUGUUUGUUGCUGUUCUCUGGCUCUCAUUUGCCUUUUUUUGAACUGGAUGUUCCAUGCAUAGACCUUUUUUAGCUUGUAUUUUUGUUUACCCCAUUUCAGGUCGGAAGGAAAUUCCCAGCUUUACAUUUUGCAAAUUAUGCGUACAUUUGCAUGUGAAAAAGAGGAAAUUUGCAAGAAACAGUUCUCUAGAUAAUUAUUGCAAGACCUGAAAAGUGUGAAAAAAAAAACAUAUAAGCUUAAGAGGUCUAUUUUUGUUUUGUCCUUUAUGCUGACUUACAAUACACUUUACUUUGAACCAUACAGGUAGCUACGCAAGCAAACCAGGUGAGAUGUUCAGCUGUUUAACACUAAUUAAUAACGGGACCUUUGAGUAGGCGCCAUUUUCUUGUCGGUCUUAGCUAAAGGAAAACAAAGACUUCAACAUUGAAACAGUGACCGCGUACAGAUUCCGUAAUGAGGUUGAUUAAUUAUAUUUAUUUAUAUAUUAGCGCUUUUCCUGAUCUGCAUUUAUCCAUUUCCAACUCUAAAGACUCAAACGCUUCAAGGGCCCUAGAAAUUGGUCUUCCUGUGACAGCAGCUGUUCUACUCCUUCUCGGGUUUGCAGCUGUUUUCUACUUCCGGUAUUACCGUAGAUGGCGAGGGGACCGGAACGAGCAUUCAAGAGACUUCGUGACUAUGAACGAUGUUGUAAGUGUACUCUCUAAAUUGUCUUACACGAUUAUGUUAAAAUGAUUCAAACGUUGGCAAAUCUUUAAGAUCUUCGACAAUCCUGAGAGGAUUUAUCUUCAGUAGCAUUCCUCAGUUGUUGGAACACAUCGCUCCAGUAACCCCACAUUUGUUUUGCAUUUUAACUUGGUGAAAAAGCUUGAAUCACCCUAAAACAUUUUCGCAUCAGCCACAUAUUGCUGAGAAUUUUUCUCAAAUAUAUAGGAACACGAAUUUGUAUCUCAAACCAUAUUGACUCACUGUUUGAUUAGUGAAAUAGAUUUCUUAGUCCUCAGAAACUGGCCAAUCAAAUCCAGCAUUUGAAAGAACUGACUCUUCUUACCAAGUUAAAUUAGACUCCGACAACAACGACACCUCAGCGGACUGGUGCGAGAUUUCAAGAAAUAGACUUACUAUUGGAGAGAAGAUUGGGUCUGAGUCUGACGGAGGAACGUUUCGUGGGAAACUUUCUCAUGAGAAUGGAAACAUAGCAAGUUGUAUCGUGAAAACAGCUACGGGUACUGAAUAACUGACCCUUUUUGUAAAUUUUUUUUAUUUUCUAAUGGAUAAUCCUAAGCACCUCUUCUAAGCGCGACCGGACAAUUGUCCAGAAAGGCCAACUUCUAAUGAAUCUUAUUAUUUUGACUUUUUGAAUGAGAGAUCCAGUUACACAGGGUGUUUCGUUACACAGGGUGUUUCGUUACACAGGGUGUUUCGUUACACAGGGUGUUUCGUUACACAGGGUGUUUCGUUACACAGGGUGUUUCGUUACACAGGGUGUUUCGUUACAUAGGGUGUUUCGUUAAACGGAGUUCUUUGGUUUAGACGCUCUCCCUUUAAGACAUUCGGGAAGGAGAUAAUUUUAAGUCCAAAGUGCAAUUAUUGCCAUACCCGUCCAACCAUGGUCGUUCAACGCAUUACAAAAUCAGCCAAUUACGACAUUCAUCUUGUGUUUAUUUUUGUAAUGGAUAAAAUGUUCCUGCAUCAAACAAGUUCCCAACAGUGAAUCGUUCAUAUUUUUUUCCAGAUUCGAAAGGAUUUGGAUCAUCAGCUAACGAGAAUGAUCUGUUAACUGAACUUAAAAUCUUGAGCUGCCUGGGAAGCCAUCCCAACAUACUCAACCUCUUUGGAGCUUGCACUUUAAAAGGUGAGUAAGUUUGGUGACUAAUAUUUCAUUAUCGUGCGGAAAGGCUCCUAUUAUUGUUCCCAUUUUUUAUAGGUAUUGGGCUUCGCUGUGCGUGCUACGAGCUCCGCUAUGAAAUAUGUUCUUUAUCCAUUAUGAGAACUAUUCCCAUUAGAGCUGUCAAAGCUCCACAACCCUCCCCAUUCCCUGAGUCCCCAAUCCAAGCAUUGUUGAAAGUAACUGCAGUGUUAUCAAUGUUUCCGGGAUUCUUACGAACUUUACAGUGGGGUAGGGGCCUACUGUUAACUAAAAGGUUUUAAGAUGUUUUAUUUGCAACCGUUUUUCUUAAGCGUUCUAAGAGUUUUGUGGGGGAUUCUAGUUUGUCUGUUCACUUCCUAGAAUUAAUAAGUGAACGAAAUAUUGCAAAUUGCUUAACUUUCAAGAUAUUUCUUUCACUAACGAUGCAAAAGCAAGCAUAAGAGUACAUACAAAUUUUUAAGUUCGCAAGCACAAGGCUGAAAAUAUUUUCGCGUCUUUGCUUGUGCUGGCAUUUCUUUUUGUUUCGUAUGGAGUCUCAUAUUGGGGCUUGUUUUGGCGUAGUUCAACCAACUGCGCACUGAUCAGCUGGAGUCCCUGGAGAAAGCGUUUCCUUAACAUUUUAAAAAGGCGUGGGUUGAAUUUACCUAAUUUUACCAGGGGUUUGUACAGCCAACUGAUUUCUGAUGUCGCUCUUCAGGUCCUACGUAUCUCGUCUUUGAGGAAACGGAACAUGGCAGUCUGUUGGAAUAUCUUAAGAAAAACCGGAUGGGUGAUGAAAUGAAUUCUACACGAAACUUUUGUACGUUAUCCAAAGUGGAAAAAUUAAGAAUAGCUCUUGAUGUGUCCAAAGGAAUGAGGCAUAUAGCAGAGAGAAAUGUGAGUGGAGAAAUUGUUUAGGUCUCAUGUUCAUCUUGUUCAUCAUUGAUGAAUUUUCACCAACCUCACUUGCCUUCCAAUUCUGUUCAGUGAUAAAGCUCAUGCACGCAACUUUCCGAUUAUGUUGAUACUUUCGAUCAAGAAAUUCCAACCGUGUCGAAAGUUUUUCGGGAUUUCUCAGAUAUUACGCUACUUCGCUCUGUGAUUGGUCCAGAAAACUGGUGCCACUUUUUUUAACCAUUUACAUUCAAAACUCAAAUUCCACGCGAGUAUGUCGCUCGUGUUUUUCUCGCGCUUCAAACAAUUGACAUGUUUUUACUUUGAGCUCUCAUUGGUCUUCUUGCGACAAAUUUCUGUUUCCUCAUUGGCUGUUGUAAUUUAUUUGGGUUUGGUUUUACGACUCUCAAUCGAAAUCAAGGAAAUAAAUUUCUCUUUUUUUCUCUUCUUAUAUUUUUAUGUGCAGUACAUUCAUAAAGGUCUCGCGGCCCGAAACGUUCGUCUUGGUAAAAAUUGCAUCGCCAAAGUCGCUAAUAUAGGCUUCUUUAGUGCUGGAUGCGAUAAGACAUUCUAUGAAGACAUUGCAAAGGUAGGUUGGAAUCUUAUGUACCUUUGAGGGCUUUUAAAUCUCUAAAUAGUACUUUUUAUCGAUGAAUAUGUGCAUCACUUCGUUACUUUUUCAAAAGGGAAACUUAUCAGAAGCAAGAUGGAUGGCCCCAGAAAGCUUAGAAACAAAGGAUUUCACGUCUGAGAGCGAUGUGUGAGUACAGACGAAACAGCGUUGUAAUAUUCACAAACUCACUCCCAGGUUCUCUCGUCUUUUCAUACUCUCACCUUAGGGGGUUGGGAAAGAGAUUGUUGUAUCCACUCUCUGAUUUAAGAGACCUUGAAUCUCACUUUGUGUAACCUAUAUUUUCAUUCUAUUGUAGAUGGUCUUUUGGCGUAUUACUUUGGGAGAUUGAAACUGGAGGCAAGUACUGUUUGAUUCAAUGAGGGUCUUUUUUCCCAUAUUUGUCACUCUGUCAUUAGGGACCAUCACCAGGGUGGUGGGGAGUAGAGGAUUUUUGAGAUGGAUGGGGGGGUGUCAGUCCUCUCCAACAGAGUACAAAGGGGGACUACAGAAAUUGACCGACGACGAACUGCCAACGAAGGGGGGUGGGGGUCAUGAGAAUUUUUCAGAGCCUUAAUGUGGGGAUAAGGAAAGGUUUAAUGUGACACACCCAAAUUUUUUCAACUCUUCCCCUCCUUCUUCCUCUUCCCAGGCAAUAAAUAAUGAGUGGUUUCUGUCACCGGUCCUUUAGAUCGUGAUAAACUUCGAAGGCUCUAGAAUAAAUUAGAUAUUAAAUUGAAGGAAUUUCUGUGUGGCUCUUUGGUCUCAGGUGAUGUUCCUUAUCCUGGAGUUCAGACAAAAGAUCUUCUGGAAAGCUUAAAAUCUGGACAUCGUAUGGAUAAACCUGUGAAAACUUCUACUGUUGUGUAAGUAAGGUUUAAUAGUUCUAUUUUGACUUUCGACUUCCUAACAAAAAAAUAUAUCCCUUGAUUAAAGCCAGUUUUGAUAUUUGUUCAAUUUAUCAAUUUCGUUCAAAGCGCACUGAAAAUUUAAUUGCAACUGACCAUCGCAAUAAGCACAAAAGAGGAAUAAAUCAAAUGACGUUCGGAGGUAAAAUUCCAAGAAACAGAAAAACAUGGAACAGGUAGAAGUAUCAGUUGUCUCCUCGCCCCAAUCCCCAACCCGAAGAGGCACCAAGCGAGGGAUGGGGGCAAGAAGACCGCUGACACUUACCGUUCGUUUAAUAACAGAGCAACUUUCAAUUGAGUGUUAAAAGUAAUCCAAUAUUUUAUUGGUUUUUAAUUAAUUCGGUCUGAUUAAUUUGGUUUUGGUUUUUCGACAGUCAGUUGAAAAGUGUGCUGAUGAAUAAGAUAAGUUCGUAGUUGAAGACGAGCUUUGUUUUUUCUCUUUUCCUGCAGCUAUGAAUUGAUGACCAAGUGUUGGCGGUUCUCAGCCAUAGACAGACCAAAGUUCAGUGAACUGUGCAUGGUGCUUGACACCCUGGUUACCAGGGAGACCUACGAUUGAUAAAAAUGGCAGAUUGUCUCUCUCGAAAGAUCCUCAAUGAAAACAAAUUUUUUUCGUUUUAUCUUCAAGAGCCAACUUUUGGUCGGUAACUAAAUUCCUAGCUCAUACAGAUUUAACUUCCAAAUAUUUUGUUGAUUACAGCCUCCAAACAUACCCUAGCUGCUUGGUGGUUUAUCUCGUUGGUCACGUGACUGCGCAGUGUUAUGAUCAACUGUGAAAAAUAAAGAAAGAUUAAUGACCAUUUAAAGGAAAAUUAAUAGAACGCCACUGAAAAUAAUUGUUUAUGUCUAAAACCCUUUUAAAUGAAAAAUUAGUUUAUUAGUACUUUGAAAUAGUUUAAUUUGUUGUACAGCGUUUGCAUGUAGAUAUUUACUAAGAGUAGAAUGCUUUUAUUGCUUGCAAAUAAACUUGACAUAACUUUUGCGAUGCUAGGAACUGCUUUGCCAGAUUUAUCCACGUAACUUUAUCUGCGACAGGCUAAAGGACUUACAAUACAUUUUAUUUUAAAGGGGCGGCACCGACAUUUGAGCAUGCGUGAACUACAGGCGCCAACCUUUAAGCUUUAGCGUUUUUCUUCUCGAAAGCGCAUGCCAUUACAAGAGACUAUACUAGUAUAACGAGUUUAAAAGGGGAGAUUACUUUCACAUAGGAGAGAAAAUAAAAAUUAACAUGAGUUUCACGACAGUUUUGUUUGGUACUUUCACAAGUGCAAUCGUUUCAUUAGUUUUAAUUAAUGACCC